AUGCUUAGAGAAACUACAAAUAAAGUUAUAAAACAUGAAGAUACAUUCAGAGAGCGUCUUCUACUUUCCGGAUUUUUAGUUAUUGCAAUUGAAAUGGCUAAAAAAUGGUCUAGAGAUCGUGAUAAAAAACAACCAAAUGUAAUUUUAUUCGUAAAUGAACCAACUAUAACGUUGAAGAAUGCAUCAAAAGCUACCGAUGAAACUGAUUAUUACGUAGUAGCUGGUGCAACUGAAAAACUAACAAAAACUCAAGUAAACAAAUACAAUAAACAAAAAAGGGAACAACUUUGACGAUUACAAAGAAUCAUUAACAAUUUGGAAAGUCACCUUACCAAACGAUCCAUCUCUUUGAAAAAAAGGUUCUUCUAACUGUCCAUCAUUUUUCAAAGAAUUUGUUUGUAAACAUGUAAUAGGGCUUGCGAUACGACUAAAGUACUGCAAACCUCCACCUGCAUCUAAAGAUUUAAAAAUAGGUGAAAAAAGAAAACAUGAUGGUCCUAAAAAGGCCACUAAUGCUUCAAAUAAGAAAAUAAAUUUAAUUAAUUGUACUUGAUUAUUUAUCAAUAAUUAAUAUUAUAAUUUUGAAAAUUUGUUUGUAUAUUUGUUAAAAAUAAUAAAUUAUUGGUAAUUCAAGUUUUAUUUAUUUAUCAUUUGGUAUAUUUUAUUUAUCAAUUAAAUACAUGCCGUAAGAAACUAUAUUUGUAUUGUUGUUUGUUCAUGAUUGUCAAUCAUUUCUCGUAGUUAGAAGUUAGAAAAAGAACAUAUUAUACGAAGUAAAUGACUAAGAAUCUUGCAAGUUUUUGCUGAAGAUUUUAUAGGUUUUCAAAUAAAAUACAAUGUCGAAACUUGUAUGAGUGUGAAUGUAGAUUUGGAUAGUCUUUCUAUAAACCUACUCAUUAGUAAGAAUGUUUAGAUGGCACUAGCAAAGUGGUAAUAGAUUUAGAGAAAUCUUUUGAGAUUUGACUUUCAAUAUUUUAGCUAUUUGAAAUCCUAUUUUGUUCAACACUUUGCAUUCCGAUAUUUUCCUUUUCGAGGUUUUUUUCGAGAUUUUUAAAGUAUUCGGUUGAAAUUACUAUACAAUUUGGAUAAUCAGUAUAGGCAACAUUUCUUUUGGAUUAUGACGACGAAACUAUUAGAAUACAUGUUUGAUACUAAUGCAUAUGUAGAUUGUCAGAAUUGAGUACAUGAAGUCAUUACAAUGGCGUUAGAAGCGAAUAAAAAUCUUUUCUAGCAUUUACAUAUAUGAGCCAAUUUUCGUGCAAUUAUGAUCCACUUCUAGAAAAGCUGCUCAGCCGAUGAUCAUUAUUGCGGCUGAUUUUUUAUAUAUGUCUAUAGACGACAGUGUUCGAUGAUUUUUUACGAAAACUAUUCAAAAAAUAUUGCUUUAUUUUCGAACUAUUUAAUUAUUUUUUUCGAAAGUUCUAUCAAUUACGAAAAACACAUUAUUUUGCAGUGUGGGUGAUAGACAUAUUUCAUCAUGGAUAUAUUCGUUGAUUUUGAAAUUUUUACUGUGAAUACACCUCAAAUCCAAGUACUUCUCAAAAAAGUCUGAGUUGAAAAUGAAUGAACUAUAGAAAAGUUGACCAAUACUAUCAAACAUAUUAAAAUAAAUUGCUGCUGCUCGGUAUUUUAUGCACAUAGAUAUCUCAAGAACAGAUAAAGUUAAAGGACUAAAAGUUUGGUCAUGGAAUGAUUUCAAGAAGUUCUCAUUCUGAUGGAAAAAAGUCAGCAUUUGAUAGAUGUCCUGUUGGUAGAAAGAUCAUCAACAAAACUGAUGCUCUGACUGAAAGAAUGAUUUGUGACUAAUUAAUCCUAAAGAUUAUUAGACUUAUAGAAGCAAUUUUAGCAAGUUGUUGAAAUACAAAUUGAAGACUAUAAAGUAGUCAAUGAAUAAUAUAUUCGAAAUUGUUCAGAAAUUAAUAAGAAUACGUCAUCGUAUGAGAUAAGUUCUCAUGCACACAUUGAACCAGCAUACGAUUCUUUAUCACCUAACACAUAACUUCUUUGACAAGGACAAAAAAACGAUUUUACCGAACUACUUAAGAAUUUCAAUUCGACAAAUUUUAGAAAAGAACAAAGAGAGAUUUUGUUUAAACUUCUACCCAUAUCCCUUCUGAAUCCAAGAGUCACAUAUCUUGUUUUUGUGUACUCAAAAAGUGAGUACACUAUAGAAUCGGUCAGUGUGUCCGUCCGUCCGGCCGUUUACACGAUAACUUUUGAAAGGAGAGUCCGAUCGCGAUGAAAUUUUCUACACAGUUUAGUCUCAACAGUAUCUCGGUCGAGUUCGACGAUGAGAAUGAUUGGCCGAGCCAUUGCUGAGUUAUGGCAAAAAUAGUCAUUUUUCCCUAUGCUUCCCUAUGAGAAGAUCGACCUAUCUCCACUUUCGUAAAAAGCUUUUCCUAUCAUAGUCAAAUAAAACCCCAACUAUUAUAUACCAUUCGAUAGAGAAUUUCACGAGCUACAAAAUGGUAUAUAAAACAUAAGGAAACAAGAAAGCCAACU